AUGAACAUCAAGGAAGAUACUCCAAAGAUUGGUAUGAGCUUUGCUACUGAAGAGGAUGCCUAUGGAUUUUAUCUAAAGUAUUCAAAACGUGUGGGCUUUGGUAUAAGAAGAAGCAAAAGUCACAAGAACACAUGUGGAGAAUUAGUUGACAGGAUCUAUUGUUGUAGUGCUCAAGGAAAAAGAUCACACGACAAACGUGAUAUCUAUGUGAAAAAGGCUCGUCCAGAAACAAGAUUUGAUUGUCAAGCUAAACUGAAGGUUAGCAGUCGAGAAACUGGAAAGCUUUGUGUGGUCCAGUUUGUUGAGGAGCAUAAUCAUUAUCUUUCAAGUCCAAACAAAAUACACUUACACAGAAGUCAUAGAAAAAUAGCUCCAGUUGCAGCAUUGCAAAUUCAAAUGGCAAAUGACGUGGGUAUCACACCUAAAACAUCUCAUGAUCUUAUGGCAAGACAAGCUGAUGCAAAGAUGAGAACAAAUUACUCACAUUUUGAGGACGUGGUUUUCUUUGACACAACUUAUAGGAAAAAUAAUGAAGGUCAUCCUAUUGCCUUGUUUGUAGGCGUAAAUCAUCACAAACAGACUGUGAUUUUUGGUGUUGCAUUAUUAUAUGAUGAAACAUCUGUGACAUUUGAGUGGUUAUUUGAUACAUUUACUAGAGUUAUGUGUGAGAAGAAACCAAUUACUAUUCUUACAGAUCAAGAUGCAGCAAUGGCUAAGGCAUUAUCUUCUAUAUGGCCUGAAACUUAUCAUCGUUUAUGUCUUUGGCAUUUUGCUAAAGACUUCGGUGCAUGCGUAUAUGAUUAUGAAGAAGAUGAUGAGUUUUUUGCAGCAUGGGACAAUAUGUUGAAAAAGUACAGGCUUGAAGAUAAUGAUUGGUUGAGGCGAAUGUUUAAACUGAAAGAAAAAUGGGCCUUAGUCUACAGACGACAAAUGUUUUGUGCUGAUAUGACUACCACCCAAAGAAGUGAGAGUGUGAAUAGUAUUGUGAAAAUGUAUGUCAACUACAAGCACAAGUUCUUAGAAUUUUUUAAUCACUUCAAAAGGCUUUUUGAAGAUCGUCGAUAUGAGGAGCUAAAAGCUGAUUUCAAAGCUAAUACAAGUGUUCCAUCUAUGGUGUAUCCAGUUGAGAUUUUAAAGCAUGCAGCUAGUAUUUAUACUCCUGAAGUACAUAAAAAGUUUGAGCAAGAGUGGUAUAAAUCUCAUGAUUCUAGUUUGGAAUACAUUGAAGACGAUGGGAUGCUGACGAAAUAUAAAAUUACCCCUCACAAGGAGAUUUAUCACCAUAUAGUUACAUUUGAUUCAUCAAGUGGAAAAACUAAUUGUGGCUGCAGAAAAUUUGAAUUUGCUGGGAUUUUGUGCUCUCAUAUUUUGAAGGCAUCUGAGGAUGAAGAUACUUACACUUACAAAAUUAUAAAAGAUGGAAUUUUGAAGGUGUUUGAUAUGGUGGAUGGCAGAUUGCAAGGUCAGGAGUUAGAUCAACAUGCAUAUCCAACAAGUUUGUUGUUGAAUAAGGUUGAUUUACAAAGUAAUGAAAGAAACACUAGUGGUGCCAAAGGAAAUUUCUGCAAGUUCAAGUCAUCAAAAUUUUUGUGGAUCCCUAUUAUCAAUGAGCAUGACUAG